UUAGAGCGCUAUUGCAAAAUUCGAUACUAGCUAAUCAAGUUUGCCUAUUUAAAUUUACUUAUUUUACUUUAAAGUGUAAAUGGCUAACAUUUUAUCGUUAAAAGAGUCAGUUCUGGUCUACUUAGACCGAAGUGGAGGACUCCAGAAGCUUACCGAAGACUGCAAACGUUUCAACGACCCCCAGCAGACCGAGGCAGUCUACAGGUUUCGUAUCAGAGUUAAUCCCACAGAUAUACUAGAGAUGGAUCCUGUUCUGGGUGACUGUGUUCUGCAUGACCCCCUGAGAGCAACUGUUUUGUUUCAGUCUGUUUGCUUCCUGGCCAUAAGGACACUUUCACUUAUUGAAAAAAUACAUACAGAGAGUCAGGUAAAUGUAAUUCUGAACUUUACACAUCUGCCUCCAUUCCCUGAGUACACACUGGACCUUUGUAGUUUUCCUCGUGUUUAUGGCCCCAUGAGGCCUGUCUCCAUGGAGGGCCUGGUCACUGCCAUGACAAGGGUUACGAAGUACACCCAGGGGGCGAGGUUCCUCUGUAUCAAUGAUGACUGCCCCUGUUCUGCAGGGUUCCACCACAUCCGAGUCCAUGCACCCGGGGCCACAGAAUCAGCAACCGUGAGAAACAAUUUCAGUUGCAUGAUGUGCAGCUCCCAACUGAAAGAGGAUGUGAAGUUUAGAGUUUUGGGAGAUAAACAGCUGGUGGAGCUGAUCCAUAUCAAAGCGCUGGAUGUUUUACGAGGCCAUCAGCAAAGCUCACUCAGAUACCAAUCUGUCACACUGUUUCUCAGAGAUGAGCUGUGUAACUCGAUGAGAAUCGGUCAGUUCUACAGGGUGUUAGGCAUUCCUGCGCGUGUGCACCAGUGGCCCAACAUUACCUGGAGUGUAGAGGCAAAUAGCGUCCAACCGUGGGAGCCAGAGUAUUGCCACAAAGUCAGUGGCAGCUUCCAGGAGCUGUUGAAGGCCACUGCUUCGUCUCCCUGGAGGUUCUCUGCCAUUGUAGCUCACUGCUUCGGGUUGGACGUGGCUCCACCAGGAUUGUACAACACACUAAAGCUGAGCCUGUUGCUGAGCUUGGUGCAGACUCGAACAGAUGCAAAAGACACAUUUUACAACUUGGAUCUCCUGGUUGCCACCACUGACAUGCUCAUACUAGACAGACUAAUGACGUACAGCUUGAGUUUGGCCUGGCGUGGUAUCAGGCAUCAAGCCUCAGGGGAGAUAUUUGCAUCUCUGUCCCGGGACGAACAUGGAGCAGGCACUGCUAACAUCCAUGCUGGUUCUGCCCUGUUAGCCACUGGGGGCAUUUGCAUGUUGGGAGAUCUCGGCUAUUACAAGAAGGACCGGUUGGAUUCCAUUCAGUCAGUUUUAGAAAGCCACACAGUCUCUGUGUUCAUUCCAGGGAAGAAGUAUGGUGAAGAUGCUGACCAACAGCUUUCCUUUCCAGUCCACUGCAGCUUCUGGGCCCUCACAGACACCACCCGCCGCUCCGGGAGGACAGACUGUGCUGUACUGGGAACAGCAGAAAUGGGUUCUGUACCACUUCAGCUGGCAGAUGCCUUUGGCCUCGUCAUUCAGUGUAGGGACAGAGUGGGAGAGGAGGCCCUGCUUGCACAGACCGUCCACACCCUCCAGCAGGCAGUACAGCCAGGAAAACCCCAGUACCCAUCCAGCUGGGAGUUUACUGCUCAAGACUACCAGGAGCUGAUAGCCCAUGCACAGAGUUUGCAAGUGGAGCUUACCCCUGCAGCAGAGAAAAUAAUCCACGGUUACUACAUGGCGAGCCGUAGAGUCCGAACACAGAGUCAGGGUGUUAACAUGUCAGUGGCCUCAAUCAAACUACUGAUCUCCUUGGCUGAGGCUCACUGCAAGUUAUGUCUCAGAACUUGCGUACUGGAAGAGGACGCUGUGAUUGCUGUACUCCUUUGUGAGAACUCAGUCACUCUCAAACAUGGGGCCUCUGCUCUCAUUCUUCCACCCGAUGCAGUGUUUCCUUGUGACCUGGGGGAUGUGGACAGUUUGCACAGGAGAGACGCUACCCUGGACGAGCUCCACCAGAAUAUCUUACGCUUCAUCUACACCUACGCACCUGGAGCAGACGCAUAUAUUGCAGAGGAGUAAGACUUCUAUGGAGGUUAACAAACACAGUGUUCGAGUCAAAUGGGCAAUAUAGGUGGUGGCCAGUAUCAACACGUCGAGUUUGGACAGUUUGGUGUCCGGCGGCACUGACGGCAAAGUCCUUUGGAGCUCCAGGAAAGCGUUUCUCAGCGUCUGCACCCGGCUCC